AGCUGAAGUAUUGCAUUACACGCCUAUAACAGGAGCCGCGAGCCCGAGCGGCGCGAGCUGCCCCGGAUUUACCCUCUCAGACAUGAAGAGAAAGAAGCAGAAAAGAGCGGGUUAUUAUUCACCCGCAGCCUUCUCUAAUACCUGAGGAGAGAGCGCGGAGAGUGAGCUCGAGCGCACAGUGAGGGGCAUGCAGGUGGGCUUCGGUCUGCAGGGGGUCUGCUCUCUGUUAUAAUGAGUAUUUAUGAAGCUGAGGAGCUGGAGAACUCAAUUCAUUGGUCCUUCGUGUUGAGUGGAGAAUAGUCUUACUACACUGCCUGUGCUUCUGAGGUUAUUAGUGGAACUGGACGUUUGUUAUGCCUUACUACUGGAGUUACUGGAGUUACAGGUGUUACUGGGACAUUUGCAUAUGUGAUAUAUAUUUUAUUUGUAAUUUAUUAGAAGCUCAGAUGAACUGACACUGUGUUUUUUACCAUUGCUGUCUUAUAAUCACCAGAAUUUAUGAUUAUUUCUUUAAAAACACAAAUUAAGUGCUGUUAAGUCAUUGCACUUGUUUUCUAUUGUAUCUUUAGACUGGUUUUACAGGUCUUAGGGAAGGAAGGUCACUGGAGCUUGUUCUUGCUAGUGUAAAUAGAGUAAAGGAGCACGUGUUGACCAGCUAUGGAGUCCCAAACACAGCAAGUAUGUCAUUGUAGCUAACUUUAAAUGCCACAAUAAUUUUUAUAGCCAUAAUAAUAAACUGAAUUCUAAAUUCUGAAUCAAAGCCUUAUCUUGGCAGCCCACGUUAAAACCCAUUGAUCUAAACAUCUCACUUAUUUGUUGAAGACUGGUGAAAAGAAGAAGUAUUCUUCUGAACCAAAGAUUUGUCUUAUUACAAGGCUCUUCUGAUCCUAUGCAUGCCACCCCAUUGUAAGACUGAUGGGUGCCCAUCACCAUGGGGUGCAUCCAGAGUGUCCGACCCAAGCCCAAUUUCCACGAAAACCUUACAGUCCUAGAACUGAACACCUCAAUCGACUCCAACCCCACUGUCAUCGACGAGUCGUCCAACGUGGUACUGCGAUACCGCACUCCCUACUUCAGAGCUACCGCACAGGUGCAGGUGCCACCGGUGGUCCGCAAGGAGAUCUGGACCGUGGGAUGGAUACAGGCUUGCAACCAGAUGGAUUUCUUCAAUUACUAUGGAGAGGAAGGAAUAUCGAGCUGGGAGCUGCCUGAGCUGCGAGACGGACACAUCCAAGCCAUCAGCGACUCAGACGGUGUGAACUACCCGUGGUACGGCUGCACCACUGAGAUGUACACCAUCGUGGGGCCCACCAAGAGGAGCACCACCCUCACCGUCAGCAUGAACGACAACUUCAGCCCCAGCGUGACCUGGAGCGUCCCCACUGGAACCACCAGCAGCCCACCGCUCCUCAGCUCCAUCCAGAGGGACCAGCGCUUCACCACCUGGCUGGUGGCUAUGAACGAGGCCACGGCCGAGAUGGUGCUGCUCAGGACUGUCCGCUGGAGGAUGCAGCUGGCUAUCGAGGUGGACCCGGAGAAGCCCCUCGGCCAGAGAGCCCGUCUGCUGGAGCCUCUGCUUCAAGAGCAGCCAGAGAUCUUGGCUAAGAACGAGCCCAUUCCACCCAAUGCCUUGGUCAAGCCUAACGCCAACGAUGCUCAAGUGCUAAUUUGGAGGCCUAGAAAGGGGGAGCCUAUUGUGGUCAUCCCCGCCAAGUACUGACCUACAAGGUUGUGGAAGGUUGUGUACAAAGAAGACAAUGCACUGAUUGAGGUAGAACAUGAGGUAUAAGGUUUAGAGCUAGAGAUAUACUUGCUGUUUGGCUGUACGUUCACGUAGACCAUGUUGAUGCUGCUGAGAACCUGCACCUUGCAUAUGUGUUGCAUUCAUUUUUAAAGGGUGCGCACAACCGACGCACCAAACGAUGCACAAACAAUACGUCAAUAAGGCAUCCGUAUAUGUGUUCACAAACUGUUACAUUCUUGCAGCAAAUAUAUCUUUAUAGCUUUAGAAUGUACUGUAGCAUUUUAGAAUUGAGCAAAUCCUUUGAUUUACACUGUAGCUCUUUGGAUCGGAUUCACAGACAGGGAUUAAGCCUAGAAAAAGACUGUGCUUUCCUUUUAAUCCUUUUUAAUCGAAAAUCUCCAUUCAUAAUGCAGCAUAGUCCAAGACUUAAAACUAGGCUUAAUCCCUGUCUGUAAAACUGACUCUUUUUUUGUAACACUUUUUUUAUUAAAAACAAGUUACAGGGUUUAGACAAAUUCAAGUAAAAAUGGAAAAAGCUAUUCUAGCUAUACUUUAACAUCAAAGAAAGCACCAGUGACAAAACUGGUGAACAUCUUAACAGAUUUGUGUUGAUUAUUGGGGAAAAAUAGUGCAACAAUUUCUUUCUUUCUGAGUUAGUAGAUGGCGCUAAUUCCUCUCAUCCCCAUUGUGACACUGGUCAGUACAGGCGUCUGUUGGCUGAUGUAUCAGAGCUGGGGAUUCGGCACUUUCCUCUAAAUGUGUUGGCCACCCAGUGAUGCUGCUGCAUUGGUUGCAGUUGAAAAACAUUUCUUUGUGGAAAACAUAAAGAGCCCUAUCGCACACGCUGCCCAAAAUGUGUUGCGAUGCUCGUUGCUAUCUUACACCCCCUCAAAAGUCUAUUUUUACGCCUUGCACCCAUGCUGUUAAAAUAGUGUCUGAGUUUAGGAAUAAAUCUACACUGAUGGGUGUGGUGGUCUGGAAGUGAUGUGUGUUAAGGUACAUUUCUGGAAAAUACAGGAGCGCCGCUGACUGAUUAAAACCCUGUACUCAACUAUGCAAUGAUACAUACUCACAUACAGUCCGUUUUGAGUGGUUAUAAUGGACAAUGUAUCCCAUACUGCAAUGCAAAACGGAACGGUAGCAAUGGGAGUGGCUUAUAUCUCAACACAAACUGUAAAACAAGGUGCUAACCCUCAUUUCUGGCUACUAAUCUAUUUUCUUUGAACAGGAUUGUACGUAAAUCUGAUUUUAGCAUUCUAGCCCAAUUUAAAAGUGUUACACAACAGUGUUUAAAACCUGAACACUUGAAUUUAAAGUGUGAAAGUAAGCAAGGAAACAGUAUUAUUAAGGAUAAUCUUCUUUAUUCAGUCAUCUUUUAUUUAUCUAUUUAUUUAUUUCACAAUAAUGCUACGUUUUGUUUUCAAGUUGGAUGUCUUUAGAGUUUAUCACAACUGGCUUGAUAAUCAUUUGAUAAUAUCAGUGUUUUAUGGUGAAUUCAACCAAAAUAUGCUAAUAGCAGUAAGUUUUUAACAUUCAGUUUGCCAGGUUAGCAUUGCUAGGAAUACCGAUUGAUAUCAAUACAUUAUAUGGUAUUUUUCGCAUUUGAACACCAAUGAAAACAUGUCCACAGGUAGAAGUUAGACAGUACUCUGUGUACGACUGAUUUACUGAGACACAAACUGAUAGAAACUGUAUAAAACUGAUGCUUUUACUACUGUUGAUGUGCGGAGCAGCCAUCUUUGAUUGUGAACUCUGGGUUGAUGAGGUUCUUCUGACUUUCUGAGCAGGAAAUUCAACUUGUGCGGUGUUUCAGUUAAAAUUUCCUUCUUGAAAUCUUGAUGGAACACAGCAUUAAUACGUGAAAAAGUGGCCUUAGAUAUACCUCACUGUGCACCGUUUUGCCUUAAGAAUGUUUUUUGGAUGCAUGCGGUUUUGUGCAUGCAGUACUAGACUCUUUUUAAGACUGUGUGUUAAGUUUACACUGGAGUGAGAAAAAGUGUGAAGUUAAAAAGAAGAGUUUUAUUAAUGUUUUGGUAGUUGGGAGUGGCCUAAUUUUAAAGCUCAGAAAGUGAGGCCUUUUUAUUGUAUUUAUUUAUAUGUAUGUGGUGAUAUGAAGUAUCUCUGUUUUGAUGAGCAUCUCAUCUAAGAACAUGCACAGGUUUGUACUGCAUUACUCUGUUCACACCUGCUCACUUUAUAGGUUUUGAGUAUCAGGUUUAUAUCUGAAUGAGGAUAAACCACAUACAAAUACACACAAGUGUAAACACACCCAAGACCGUUUUAGACACAGAUACAAAUCUAAUCACUCAAACAAAUCUUUUUAGAAGGUGAUCUGAGACUCUGUUCACACAUUCCCACUUUAGUGGGUUUUCAAUAUUAGGAUUAUAUCUGAAUGAGGAUAUACCAUAUACAAAUACACCCAAGUGUAAACACACCCAAGACACU